CAGCUACACCAAGCACGUCUCCAACGUCAGAUAACCGUCAUCGUCGCAACCGCACAGUCGCCGCCAAGCCGUCCUGCCAGCAGCGAGCAGACGACAGUCAGUCUGUCCUUGCAGUGUGUUUGUCAACCUGCCUUCUUGCCUAACCGUCUGCAAUGGAAGGGUGGUCAAGGCCCAGUGUGGUCGCUGUGGUAUUGGCCUUGAUGGUGUCCGCCAUCUCCUGGUGUCUGAGUGCAGCGGGUCCGGUGCCUGGGCACGAAGACGUGUCUUACCGAGGACAGGAAGGCAAGACAGGGCUGACCGCUCAGGCACAGCAGCUCGUGACAGAUUCCGACCAUGACGGCGAGGCUGAUGAUGGCAGUGGUAGUCUCCACAUUCAGUAUCUACAAGGAAGUGGAGCGGAGGCUGUUCACAGUGGAGAUGAGGAUCAGGAGCAGCACAACGAUCAUCCCGCAGAGAGCGGGUCCAGCGGCUUCAACACCGAGCAAGAAAUGGAGGAUUCUCUGAAGGAAUUUGCUGAAGCUGCAGCAGCUCUGGAAAAAGAAUACCUCGACUUGCCAGCAGGAGUGAUGCAGCCUGCAGCACAGGAGCAGCAUCACCUGCAGAACACGGACAGCCAACCAGCGGCGUCCCUGACGCUCCACCUGGAGGAUGAAAAAGAGAAGUCAGACAUCCCAGCGUACCAGACAUCCAGUGCCAGAGGUGAUGGGUCUUCUGACAAAAACAGUGCGAGCUGUAACCUGGCCAGCGCCCCGCGCCCCCUAGCGGGAGGCGAUGAGUCGGUGAGCAGCGAGAGGAGGAUGAGCUCGUCUCACGAGGCCAGUUCUGUUGCAGCAGAUGCCCGCGGCCUGCAACUGGACAGUCGCCCUACAGAGACUGCUGCGCAUCCGGCAACAUCCAAGAGCGAGCUACAGAUGGACAGUCAGCACAUCGAACAUCAUCAGCAGCAGCAGCAGAUGGCAGCACCCAAGCCAGGGGAUGCUCAGCCAGUGUAUCAGCCACCCAGCUUUCCGCACUUGCUCCCUGGGUUCAAGCCCACCGCCAAACUGCGCCAACUGGCGUCCGCCGUUGGUAGGACCGAGCUGGAACAGAUGUUCGAGAGCUUUGUCAGCGGUUUCAUUGAUUACAUGUCAGAUGUAGGAGAGGACGAUGAGGACGAUGAGGACGAAAGCCAAAGCUCGUCGGUAGCUCAGGACGACGUGGACUCGAGCAGCACCAAGCACCAUUUCAGUGGCCACCACGUGACCCAGCAGGCCAACCAACCCAGCAACCCAAACCUUCAAGCAACGUCUGUAGACUUGGCCACGAAUGUCAAAAAUACAGACUCACCAUCUGAAAACGAGAAGAGCUCAGAUAGUUCAGGCUCCGCUGUUUCCGGCCAUCAGGACGAUCAUGAGACAGAAAGUAGCGAACGAGCUGUCUGAAUGAACAAUAUUUGGUAAUGCAAAUACAAACUAAAAUGUUUCGUGACAAUGUCACCAGUCCCGACAGUAAAUGAAGAGAAAAGAAGAAUAUUUUAGCCAAACUGGGAGAAACAGGAUCUUGCACUGCUCCUUCCCAAUCAUUGAAGAAAAUUUGCCCCUCGAUAGCUUGGAAAGAAUGCGAACGAUCAUGCAGCCAGUCUUCAUAAUUAUCCCCGCUUUCAACUGACCUUUUGAUAUAUUUAUUUGCUGGAUGCUUGAUGUUUUCUGGCCUUAUACUCACAAAGUUAAUGUCAUCUGUCUCUAAGGAUUACCUCAGACAGACAUGUGUUUAAAAUAAAAGUUGAUGUCUCACGUGUCAAUGGACAACCCCCAGUACAUCUGCUGUAAGUAAAGCGUAAUUCAGACUUCUUCAUCCUCACCCUCACUAAAUGUUUAUCCUGGUCCCCACUUGGAUCAGGCUCGUCCAUUCCACCUGUCUGCAACACCCACGACCUGUACUGCGAUAUAUCAAAGCAUCAUGCAGCAAAGUGAGUUAUUCAUCUUGACUCACCUUUGACAUGAUGUGAGUCGGCCAUGACACUCCCAACAUCCAACGAUUGUGAACUGCGUUCUACAUUUGUGGCAACUUUUGUAUGAAAACUUACUUUUAUGUUGUUUCAGUCAUAGAGUCUGUCUUUUAUUCUAUCGCUGCAAAAUAAUGAUACAACGGUAAACUUCAUUCAGCUAUUAAAACUAUCCACAUUA